AUGGGCCACGCAACGCCCGGACGCCCAAGGGUGAUUAUCACAAGUCCCGGGCCCACACAGCAGCACAUGACUGUUGAUGCCAAGGAGGACGAAAACAAAUCGCAGUUCAACCAGCGCACGCUCGAGCUCGAGGAAAUUGGCCCGGACACCUACAUGUCAGUGGAUCUGUGGCGGCCCAUGGGCAACCGCGGUGUAUUCGGCGGGCAGGUGAUCGGGCAGGCUAUGUCUGCAGCUGCAAAGACCGUCGAGAACCCGUUCCGCUGCAACUCCUUCCACGGCUACUUUUUGGCCGCCGGCAACGGCGAGGAGAUGAUUGCAUACGAGGUGCGCCGCACCCGCCAGGGUCGUUCCUUCUGCUCGCGCCUCGUGUUGGCCAAGCAGGGCGGCCGCGCUAUCUUUAUUGCCACUGCCAGCUUCCAAGUUCCCGAGAAAUCGUCGCUGGACCACCACCGCGAGGAGUACAUCCGCCGCAAGCAGCAGCGCACAAACAAGCAUGUUGUCUCUGUGCAGCAGCUGGACGAGCGCGACAGUCUGCCUGUCGAGGGCCGGAUUGUGCCGCUGAAAAAGAAUUCCCUGGGGCUGCCUGUCAAAAUGAUGUGGCUACGCGCCAAGGGUGACAUGAGCGAGCUGGACCUCACCCACCACCAGGCAAUGCUGGCAUAUGCCACUGAUUUCGGCCUAAUUAGCACCGCAUCAAAGCCGCACAUCAACAACCCGACUAACCCGCGUCCCAGCAUGGGCAUGGUUGUCAGCCUCGACCAUACCAUUUGGUUCCACGAGUCGUUCCGUGCUGACGACUGGCUGCUGUAUGUCAUGGAGAGCCCGCGGGCUGCAAGCGGCCGUGGAUUUGCUGUCGGCAGGAUCUACCGCCGCGACGGAGUCAUGGUUGCCUCGGUUGCCCAAGAGGGUGUUGUACGGGCCUCAGACACUGACAAAGAGUACGAGCCGUUCGAAUUCUCAAAUAAGAUUGACUACGUGGCGCCAGGAACCAGCAUCCGCGCAAAAUCGAAGCUAUAAAUUUUAGCGUAGCAGGUGCCUGCUAACUAAAUACAUUAAACAGCGAGCAGCUACUAUGUCCGAUUAUAUAGCAGCCGGCUUGGGGGCAGCGGUGUUGAGGCCAAACUUUCCAAUGAGCGAAAGCAGGUUGGCCUCAUUCAGGUCGAAGGAGCUGCCACUGCGCAGCGCGUGGAUGGCCUCGUACAUGUAGUAGCCAAAGAGCCGCUGCACACGCUCAGCAGGGUGCACGGGGUCCAUGAAGUAGUGCUCAGUCGGGUUGUUGCAGAUAACCUCGCCCAGGUUUGUUAGCAGGUCGAUAAGGCCUUGAAGGAUGUUUCCGUCACUAAAAUA